AGACAGACCCAACAUGUCGUCACUCACCGUUGUACUCAAGCGGGUAGACCGCAUUUACCGUCCUGGUGACAUGGUGGAGGGCGUGGUGGUGGUCGAGUCGGGCUCUCCUGUCUCCCAUCAGGGCAUCAACCUUACCUGCACAGGUAUGGUCACCAUGCAGCUGUCGGCCAAGUCAGUUGGCCUCUUCGAGAGCUUCUACAACUCGCUCAAGCCGCAAACCCUGCUCAACGUGGAGAUCGAGGUCGCCAAGGCCGGCAAGCUGCCCAAGGGCCGGACGGAGCUGCCGUUUGCCUUUGAGCUCACGCCGGCAGAGGGCGCCCAGCUGUACGAGACGUACCACGGCGUGUUCAUCAACAUCUCGUACUCUUGCGAGUGCGUGCUCGCGCGCAAGGCGCUCUCGCGGAACCUCAGCCACAAGGUCGAGUGGCUAGUGCAGGGCGAGGGUGUGCCGAUGCCGGAUCCGUCGCCGAUUCCGUUCAAGAUCACACCCGACACGCUGGAGAAUGUCAAGAAGCGCGACCGCGGCUCGGUUCCUGAGUUUUGCAUCACCGGCAGCAUUGACUCGUCGGUCAUGUCGCUCACCCGGCCGCUCACCGGCGACAUUGUUGUCGAAAAGUGCUCGGUGCCCAUCCAGAGCGUCGAGCUGCAGCUGGUCCGCGUCGAGACUUGCGGCUGUGCCGAUGGGUUUGCCAAGGAGGCCACCGAGGUCCAAAACAUUCAGAUCGGCGACGGCAAUGUCUGCCGCGGCCUUGCGAUCCCGCUGGUUAUGAUCUUCCCGCGGCUGUUUAGCUGCCCGACUGUGGCGUCGCGCAACUUCAAGAUCGAGUUUGAAAUCAAUCUCGUGGUCCUCCUCGAGGGCGGCUACCUCGUCACCGAGAACUUCCCCAUCCGAUUGAUCCGCGCCAAGGACGACCCCAACGGCGGCGUCAUUGCCUGAUCUAGCCCAGCCCAAGCCCCACCCACCGAACGGUGUGCGGCCAGGUCGACACGACUGCUCCCUCGGCGCUUAAACCGCUGCGUCCGAAUGACUGUACCGUAAAGGGUUAAACCCCC